CAGUGCCAGCCGAUCGGUCGGUAGAAAGAAGUGCGUCGCGAGCCAAAAAAGAAAAUCGAAUCCGCAGAAAGUGCCAGUGAAUAGACUGAUAACCGAACCAAAAUGAAAGCUUUCAUUAUCGCCGGAGUGUGCGUGUUGAGCGUACUGAGCCUGGGAUCUGCUCAAUUCCAGAACGGACGUCUGGAGCCGCCAAAUCCGCAGCUCUGUGCCCAACGCGUCAUUCACGAAAAGACUCCCGACGGCAAGGGAUACUUCUUCUCAUGGCGCGACCCUCAGCUGAAGGGCGUGGAGGAGGAUUGGCUGACCGCCAGGAACUACUGCCGCAGGCGCUGCAUGGACUCCGUUUCUCUGGAGACCAGCUUGGAGAACGAGUGGAUCAAGCAGUAUGUGGUGCGCGAGAAUGUGAAAUACAUCUGGACCAGCGGCCGCUUGUGCGACUUCAAGGGCUGUGACCGCCCCGAUCUGCAGCCCACGAACGUCAACGGAUGGUUCUGGACCGCCACCCUGCAGAAACUGGCCCCAACCACCGAGAGGAACCAGGGCGAUUGGUCGCCCACCGGCGGAAUUGGCCUGCCCCAGCCUGACAACCGCGAGUACAAGCAGAAUGGAGCGCCGGAAAACUGCCUCGCCCUGCUGAACCAGUUCUACAACGAUGGCGUGAACUGGCACGACGUGGCCUGCCACCACAAGAAGAGCUUCGUCUGCGAGGAGAACGAUGCCCUGCUGAAGUAUGUGCGCUACACGAACCCCAAUCUGCGCAUCUAAUUGGAUUAGGAUCCAGAUGCGAAUGCGAAUGCGGGCUGGCGGAGGAACCAGCGACUCUCCAAGUAAAACCAAAAAUGAUAUUCCCCAAAUCGGCAGCGGAAUCGAUGAUCGAUGUCAACUACAUAUCUACUCUCCGAUU